GUUCAUUCGAUCAAUAAAGUCUAAUAGUUUAGUAGUAAUUUAGUUAUCUUCAGCGCAUUCUUAGUUCGUUCGUCAGAGAGCUCGAGUUCUACGACGUGUGAGAAUCUAUCACGCACCAAUUGGUAUCAGAGCCUGGUUCCGACGAACCGAGCUCGACGAGGCUGGCAUACAGGGCACGCUUGACGGAAACCGACUUGAUGUUGGACAUCAUCCAAAGGCGAUUCGAAGGAUGCAGAAGAUUGCCGCGGGAUGACGUUCUGCAACUUGUCGAUGGUGAACCACCAAUCGAGAUUGAUAAACCGCCGGAUAAACCUCCUAUUCCGGCCGAUGUAGAAAUCUCCUUGUGCUCUCUUACCGGUGCCUCUAGCCCUACUACCAUCCGCUUCAACACGUCAAUCCGCCAAGAACGAGUCGUCGUGCAUGUUGACCAUGGGUCGUCACAUAAAUUUGUAAGCCGUGAAGUUGCCGAGAAGUUAUUCUUGAAAGCUAGGCCGAUCCCGCCAUUCGAGGUUAAGGUCGCCAAUGGCGAUUGUCUGGUUUGUAACCGUUGUUUUGAAGUUGUUCCUAUUGAAGUUCAGGGCACAAGGUUGGUCGUUGAUUUGUUUGAACUUCCGAUUCAUGGCCUCGAAGUUGUCUUCGGCGUUCAUUGGCUUAAAGAGUUGGCGCCUAUGACGAUUAAUUGGCAGCUGAUGACGAUACGUUUCAAAUACAACGGUGUAUGGGUCACAUUGCAGGGGAUUCGCGAACCUACGGAUAGGGACACCAACCUCGCAAAGCGUCAACACGGGCGCAGUGGAUGGGGUCGUGAAGACGGUUCAGGGAUCUUGGCGUUGUCGAAAGGCGUUGUGACUGGAGGCUUCGCACCACAAGGAUCGACGGCAGCCACACCAGCAGGUGAGAGGCUGGAGAUGGAGUCAUUGCGGGAGAGAUCGGAGAAAAGGAAGGGUGCUUCCGUUAUUCUGAAGGGAAGCCGAGGUUCGGUUUGUGGCUGUAUCGGACCAAGUAUGAGAGGAUUGGUGGGUGCAUUACUGUAUGGAGUGGGCCAUGGAAGCCAUGGGCAAGUCGUCGGGGAGUCCACAGCCGAGCCGAAGAGAGUGAUGAGCGCAACGUCACGAAAUCUAGGAGGAUUCGAAGGUGUACGGAAUCGUGAACUUACUGAUGGCUACCGGAUGAUCGACGACCAAGGGAGCAUUGCCAUUAUGAGGAUGGGUUUAAAAGAUGGUUAUUUUACUAGUUCUUAUAAUUCCAUGCAGAGGGAGCGUAGGAAUGGGGAUGUGGUGAAUUAUUAUAUCAUGCAGGGUUAGCAGGCUGGAGAACAACAUCAUGAGCGCCGUUCGGAAGAGGGAGUUGAGUGGAACUUCCAUUCAAUGUGUGAGAAGGUGCAACAAGCUAGAGUUAGCUGCGAUGGCGGGGGGUUGGUUCAAGUACCCGAACCUAAUCGGAAGCGUCGUAAACGAGAUCGGUUUCGAGGGGCAUUCACUCUCUUUAUUGUCAUCAAUACGUGGGAACGAUUCUUCUUCAUCGAUCUAGGUUGAAGAUGACGCCUGAACCUCGGGGACGAGGUUGUUUAAAGAGAGGGGGGAGGGGGUUUGGUGCAUUAUAAUUUCCGCCAUCCACCUAGGAUAUUAUUAUUUUUCUUUCAUAUUAUUAUUAGUUUGAAUAUUCGGUUAUUAUUUAGUUAUUCGCAUUAUUAUAUUAUGUCUUGUCUAGGAAGUUAUUGUUUACUAGUCGGUUUGGGAUUGGGUUUCCUUGUCUUAAGGGGAAAUGGGUUUGUGGGACUUGUCCUAUAAAUAUGUACUUUUACU